AAUUUAUUUAAUAUUUAACCAAUUUAUAAUUGAAAUGGCUGAUUGACAUACAUAUAGAGCAAGCUCUAUGGACACACAUUGUGAAUAAUUAUGAAAAGAAUUAUGAAAAUAUUCUAUUAUUCAGAUAAUAAACUGUGAUAGUAAAGAUAAUAAAUAUAUUCUAAUAAUUUAUUCUUCCGCAAUUUUUAUGUUAGUUUCUAGCAAAGAGUAUUUCUAGUUUCUAGUUUCAUGGCUUUCCCUAGUGAUUUUCUCAAUUUUAGAAAAAUGUUCCUUCAUUUCCGUUAUUUUUUCUUUUUCAUUGUAUGUUAACGAAAAUGUGACGGAAAAUAAUUCGAAAUUUAUGCAUUAAUAACGACUAUUAUAUAAAUUACCUACAUAUGUAUACGUUUCGUUUAUGAGUGAAAAUAGAGAUUAAUCACUAAAACUUCCUGUUAAAAUGUAAUUUGCUAAUGGAAUGUAGAUCGAUAUAUAUCAUCUACCUAAUGUUAUGACACAUUGAAAUGGACUUUACAUAUAAUAGACAAGCAAGACUUGAAUCGUUUAAAGUUGCUUAGUUGACAAUUUUUCAUUAAUUGAUUUAGCAUUCUGUUCAUUAUAAAUAUUCUCUCAAUACUUUAAUCGGUCUUUAUAAUUUUUAGUAUUAAUUAAUUAAAGUUUUUAAAUGUAUCAAAUAUGAAAACAAUAUUAUUAUCUCUUCUAUUCCUUGUUCGCAUUUAGCCUAUCAUGUAUCAUCAUUUACAUUGUCGCUAUAAUAAUUGACAAUAAUAUUGUUACAUCCUAUGGUUUAAUGGAUUACUAUCGUAGCUAACGUGAUCGUAUUUUUAAAAACUUGCAUUUUUCACGUCAAAAGUUUGCACGAACGUUUCGUAAAUAUUUAAUGUUCACCCUUGGAUAAAACUACUAGCAUCUACUCACGAGAAUUCAGUUAUUAACGAUUCUCGUAGUCUUCUGAAUGUUCUCGACAACAUAUUGUCUUUCUGCGUGAUAUACGCGUGCACUAUUCGCGACGUUCUAGAAAGAAGGAAAGAGACAAUCAAUUUGAACGGAAUGAAAAUUGUAAUGUAUUUAAAUGUUAUUUCUAUCUUUUUUCAUUUAACGGCAACUGAAACGUACAAUAACGAAACGCUGUACAUUCCUUUAAUAAAAUGGAUUCGCAGCUACUAUUCGGCCUCUGCUGUCUUUUUGUUGCAUUCGUCUAGCGAGAAUAAAAAUUUCGAUGUUUGGAAACUAACAUAUUUAUCACACACAUGGUCUCGUCUUCUUCAUCGUGAACAAAUUGCAACUUUAAGUAGCACAUUCAAGAACAUUCACGCGCUAGAUAGAAAUAAUACCCUCCGACCGUUGGCCAUCGUUCUUUUAUCCGGAUCUGACGCAGUUUUUGAAUUUUCAAAGUAUUCGGAAUCCUUUAGAAUAUCCCAUUUUGCAUGGUUUGUGAUAUUCAUGCCUACGGCGACGCACGCGGAAAACUAUUGUUACAAUCCGCCGGGAAAUCCAUUUAAUUUGUUAUACGACACUGAAAUGUUGGUAAUGUGUGCCGGUGACCCUGUUCUUCGUGAAUGGUAUUCCGUGGAUGGGAACAACACCGUCAUUUCCGAUUUAGUCAAGUGGUAUCCAAAGAAACAAUUGAAGUCCCCAACAGCAGUUGUUGACUUGUUGUCCAACUUGACUCUGCACGAGAGGAGAAAUGACCUGAAAGGAAAAGUUCUGCGAGCUGUCACCAUCAAGGCAAAGAUUCAGACAUUCACGCGUAACGAUUCACGUGGAGUCAUCAGAGUUUUAACACGUACAAUUUUCGUUUGUCUGCUGCAGAACUCGAUAUUCGCGAAAAAAGGUGUCAAGUUGGAAGGAUAUUUUAGUAGAGCGGUCAACGAGCUUGAAAAGUAUCUAAAUUUCACUCUCGAUAUCGUGACCGAGGAACUCGAGUUUGGGAGUUUCAAUGUGACGACGAAAUGUUGGAAUGGGGCAUUUCGUUUAGUGGCUUCUGGAGAAGUAGAUAUCGGAUUGUCCGAUUUUUCGAUGACCAAUUUUAGGCUUGAUUACGUCGAUUAUACGGUUCCUAUUAUAACUACUAGAGACUGUUUGUAUUUUAAGCAACCAGAAAUGUCAGCGGUGAAAUGGCUUGCUUAUUAUAAGGCGUACAGUUUCGCGCUCUGGAUAUCUCUACUCAUGACAAUUAUAAUUGCUCAGUUUACUUUGGCUUUUAUAAGAUCUCGAAUAGAAUCCACUGAUCUAACCAAGGAAUUAUACCAUGAAUUUAUUCGAAUUUGGGGUAUAUUCUGCCAGCAAGGCAUUACAGAAGAAUUUCCACGGUAUUCGUCGCUAAGGUUAGCAUACUUUACCGUACUUGUUACCGGUAUAGUGAUAUUCGCCGCUUAUUCCGCGUCUAUGAUAUCCUAUGUAACAGCUUACGUUCAUAAUCUACCCUUCCGCUCGAUCGAGGAGUUUGUGAAUGAUGGUACAUACGAUGUAAUCCUCAAUAAAGAUUCCGCAGAUUACGAUAUGUUCGCCCUAUCGAAAGACCCCGUUUCGGUACACAUGAUGGCUAAACUAAGGCCGAUACAUACUCUACCAAUCACCAUAGAAGAUGGAUUUCAAAGGAUCUGCGACGAUCCUACAUUAGUGUACUACAGCGGUUAUGGUAAAAAAAUGCAGGGAAUAUCGAAUUUUCGUAUUCCUUGCGAUAUCGUCUGCAUUGACACUGGCCGAGUGGAUAGUUUGUCCCUGAUCCUUCCGAAAAAUAGCCAAUACACCUCGAUCCUGAAUUACUAUGUGCAGAAACUUCUGAACACUGGUCUACUGAACCGGUUUAAGAACAAAGUGUUUUUCACGAAGAAGAACACAUUUCAGCCGGUUGGAUUUUAUAGCGUGGCAUCUGUGUUAAUAAUCUUUUUCUGUGGUGUUUCACUAGCCCUUAUUAUAUUAAUCGUAGAGAUGUAUUGCAAUAGGUACCGAAAUUCUCAAUAAUUCAAUCGUCCAAUUAACAAAAGGUAAAUUCGUCAAUAUGUGUGUAUCAAAGAUUCAACGCAAUUUUAACAUGUAAGCAUUUAGUGUGUGAUUCUCUUCAAUUUGAUUUUCUUCUAACUUAAAGUAGUAUAAAAGCAGUGGAAUAACUAUAAACGAACAAAAUGUCACAUUAUAAAAGCUCUACUAAAUCACAUCUCAUGCAUAUUCCGAUAAAAAUACGAUAAAUCCGAUAAUGCACGUGUAUAAAUACAUGUUCUUAUCGACGUUAAUCUUUGCACUUUGUACGUAAUCUGUUCGAUUGCACGGUUGAUGCGUACCGUGGGCCAUUACGUUCCUAACGAGAUACUAUCCUCAUCCUCAGAUCUGUAAAUUCGAUAAAUCCCAGUAUGACCUGCGGUUACGGUUUCUCCACAUUUUUAGUUCAGUUAGUUACCAUCAGAAGCGGUCGGGAAUAGCAAAAAGGAGAAGGAUAUGAUCGAGUUUGUUGUUGUUAAAAUUUGCAAACACGUUGGUGAGAAUACAUAUCGAUGUUAAAGGAGAUUCAUUGGAUAACAUUAACGAAGUGACCGCGUAUCUUAACUGUCAUUAAAAGGGAUUUUACCGCUGACCCGUGGUAAUUCAACGGAUUAACCAGGUGUUUUUGUUGCGAGAUGACACGAAUGACUCGUUACGCGAUCAUCAUACUGCUGCUUCUGUCCGUUUCAGCGUUCUCGGUGGAUAUAAAUGACGCUUACAAAUAUGUUCUCUUAAUUAAGGACGUUCACAAUUAUUACAAAACAUCCUGCAUCAUAAUCGUGUGUUCAAACAGCCAUACCAGUAAGUCUUGUUCACUCUUCUCGAAAAUCGUAUGUGUGAAAGUGGUAGACUUAACUGUUUCACGAAUUAAUUAGCUUGAAAUGCGCAGUCAAUAUCGAGCCGUUAUGUCUCUCGCUUAAAAUACUUUCUUCCUCGGUUUGUUAAUUCAUAAGAAGAGACGAGCGCGAAUAAUUAUCGUUUCAGACUUCAAUCAAACGUCCUUGGCUUAUAUAUGGUUACGGGCUUUCUCACAGCGCGGCAUCUUGACCAUGAUCGUAAGCUUUUCUCAACUGUCACGCGAGGCUAGAAAAUUCCAAGGCUACUUGACGCGCCCGUUGUACGUCGUCGCUCUUGCUACAAAAGAGACCAUGGAUGAAUUUUCGAUGGCCACCAGACAGAUCGAUAUGUCUUCAUCCGUUUGGUUGUUGAUGUUUCUACCGUAUCGGGGAAAUCCCAUGCGAGACAUUUGUCAAAAUCCUGUCGGAAACCCGUUCAAUCUGAUGUUCAACACGGAGAUGCUGGUGCUCUGUUACGAUCUGCCGCUCUUAACAGAGUGGUACGCGUUACGCGAUAAUCAAACAAGAGUCUUCAACUUGGCUACCUGGCAAACUGGACAAGGUCUGAAACUCAAGACAACAAGUUCCUUGUAUGCGAGGAGAAACAACAUGUUUGGGCAAACGAUGCGUAUAUCGAUCGUCCAGGUGAAUGUUACGACAAACGCGAAUGAAUAUUUAGUGUCCCCAGAGAAUCAUUAUAUUUUGUUUGAAAAUUACGAUUG